AUGAAUCGUUUCUUGUUCAUAGUUUUUUCCUCAGCACUUGUCGUCUUGACUUUACAGACGACCGACUUCCAAGACAAUCUGAUCAAUGGAUACCGAACGUUAAUAGCAGACAUACAAGUGCGUACGCAAAAGUCAAGGGAAGACAUGGACACGUUGGUGUCACAAAUCAAAUUGCUUAUGAAGAACGAAGCUGACAAAGCCAUUAACUACAUGACGGUGUACCUUGAGCAAAUAUCCUUAUAUUUUCAGGUAAUAAUUCAUGACCGUAAACCGCGAAAUGGAACCUACUGCAAAGAGAGCAUCGUGAAAUUACUCGGAGAAAAUCUGCAGUUGGCAGAUGAAAAUGUCACUUUAUGCUUAGCAUUGGGAUACCAAAGAGUACAAAGGCUGCCAGAAAAACUACAAGUCCACUUCGAAACUUUAGAAAAUUUGAAGAAAUAUUCAGCGUCAAAACUAUUUGAGUGUCAGAAACAACAGCAGGUCGGAGGAAAUUGCUCACACGAAAGCCAGGAUCUUGAACGGACAGUUUUCCUUUAUGAAACUUCGCCUUUCCCUGUAGUAAUGGCUGAAAUAGCUAUUCACGGCUUCAAAGAAGUAUCUGACUUAAGCGUUUGUCUAAAAGACAUAAUUUCAAGGAUGAUGACACAUUCAGUUAAAGUAAUUGGAGACUUCAAUAGAUGCAUCCACAACAUUGAGAUGCCAAAAUUGAAAUAUUUAUUGAAAUUCAUGAAAAAAUAUGCGUAA